AGAGAUGGGCGUGUCCCCCCCUCCUCCUGACCAUGAACGGAAAAACGCGUCUCCACCCAUUAGGUUGACACUUCUUGCUCUGUUUCUCUGCCCCAGCAGCCGUUCGCACUCCAGGAAGAGAACGGAAGCAGACUGAAACAAUGAGCUACCCGGGAUACCCCCCUCCGGCAGGCACGUACCCGCCACAGCCUGGGUUUUACCCGUCACAACCAGCUGGCUACCCACCUCAGCCGGGGACUUACCCUCCUCAAACAGGAGGCUACCCUCCACAGCCUGGAGGCUACCCUCCUCAGCCUGGUGCCUAUCCACCACAGUCAGGUGGUUAUCCCCCACAGGCUGGAGCCUACCCACCACAGUUACCCACAGGCUCCUGGGGAGGCGGCCCCUCUGGUGGAUAUCCCUCCGCCGCUCCUGGCAGCUUUCCCGCCCCUGGAUACAAUGCAGGCAUGCCAGGAGGCACCAUGCCCCAACAACAGUAUCCUGCGAUGGGCUUCCCUGGCCAGCCAGGACAGACAAUGCCUGGAUACCCCCAAGCACCGUCACCCAACCCGCCCAUGCCUGGCUUUGGAGGAGCACCAGCACCUAUGCCAGGCUACCCGAAUGCCCCGUCACCGAAUCCAUCAAUGCCGGCAUAUGGAGGAGGAGGAGGAGGGGGAGCCAUGCCUGUAGCUCCAGCCGUCAACAGAGGAUUUAGGGGAACAAUCAAGGACUUCCCUGGAGCUGAUCCACUGAGAGAUGUGGAGGUCCUCAGGAAAGCUAUGAAGGGCUUUGGAACUGACGAGCAAGCCAUAAUCGACCUUCUGGGCAGUCGCUCCAUCAGGCAGCGAGUACCUUUAUGCAGAGCCUACAAAACGUCCUACGGAAAGGAUCUGGUUAAAGAUCUGCGUUCAGAACUCUCUGGAGACUUCAGGUCCCUGGUCUUGGCCAUGCUGAAGAGCCCGACUGAGUUGGACGUCUCCGAACUCCACGAUGCUAUGAAGGGAGCUGGAACCGACGAAGCCUGCCUGAUAGAGAUCUUGUCCUCGCGCUCCAACGCUGAAAUCAGAGAAAUCAACCGGCUUUACAAAGAAACCUAUAAGAAAUCUCUGGAAGAUGCCAUUAAAAGCGAUACCUCUGGCCACUUCGGCCGGCUCCUGAUCGCUCUGUCUCAGGGUAAUCGAGAUGAAAGGGAGAACGUUGACGUCUCCCUGGCUAAACAAGACGCUCAGGCCCUGUACGCUGCUGGAGAAAACAAACUUGGAACAGACGAGUCCAAAUUCAAUGCCAUUUUGUGUGCAAGAAGCAAACCACAUCUCAGAACAGUGUUUUAUGAAUACCAGAAGAUGUGUGGCAGAGACAUUGAGAGCAGCAUUAGCAGAGAGAUGUCUGGAGACCUUGAGAGUGGCAUGUUGGCAGUGGUGAAGUGUAUUAAAAAUACACCAGCCUUCUUUGCAUGGAGACUUUACAAGUCCAUGAAGGGACUUGGGACUAAAGACAGAACCCUGAUCCGGAUCAUGGUCUCCCGUUCAGAGGUCGACAUGCUGGAUAUUCGUCAGGAAUACGUUAAAAACUAUGGAAAGUCGCUGUACACACACAUCCAUGGAGACACAUCAGGGGACUACAGGAAACUGCUGAUAAAGCUCUGCGGUGGCAAUGACUGAAAGGCGGACACAGCCUGCAGCAGCAUACGAGAAGUCUGGGAUAUUUACAGCGUUAAAAUGCUUCUAUGAAUACAAUGUUUCUGCCUCCUUUGUAUGAAUUAUACCCCAACUACAUAUCUGCACUCUAUGCCAAUGCUUCUAAUGCUACGUUUACAUGGUUGUUUUUUCUAUGCAUAUCUUUUUAUUUUUUAUUAUUUGCUAUAUAUAUUCACAGGAUUUUUGAAUUGUUUAUUAUAAAAUAUAUAUAUAUUUUAAAAAUUUAAAUCCAAAUUGUGGCUAUAUAUAUAUUUUUGAAGAAUUUUUAUUACAACAUUAUAAAUGUUCAUCACCUGGUUUGUUAAUUUGCAGGAAUGCUAAAGUACCAAAGUGCAAGAUGAUGUUUGCCAAUGUCUAAUCUAAUCUGUAGUUUGUCUGCAGUUACAUAUUAUUGUUUACUAUAUCUGGGCUGUGUUUGCAGCUGAUGUUCUAGUUUGUUCCCAAGGUGCCUGUUAUUUUUCUUUUCUUAUAAAUCUUAGCAUGCCAGUUAAUAAAUUGCAAAGAAAACAGCAAAAAAUAAAACAGAUGAAUAAAUGAAACACAA